UUGUAAAAGGCGUUUAUGCUAACACCGUCCCUAUAAAGACUAACUCUUUGUUUCUUAUCCUUUGCUUUGUUCACUAACCCAUUUUUCAACGAAUGAUUCAAUUGUACUCAAUCUCCUUGAUACUGUUUUUCCCAGUUCCUUUCUUCACCUAACCCUGCUUCUAUUUCCCCACUUUAAAUAAAUUUAUUUCUUCCACAAACUACCUGAAGCAAUCCACGCAGGUUUUACCUGGCGUGGGUUGGAUUGAAACACACAUGAGAUUGAACUUGUUUCUAUAAUUUAAUAUUUAAGGUAAACCCCUUCUCUUUGCGGCUGUUUUGCGGCUUGUUUCAUUGGGAAUUGAGGCCAUCCAUCUAAUAGGUUUGAGAAUAUUUGAGUGAAACGAAUUGUUAAUGGAUCAAACCAGAAGCGAAGGCAAAAGUGAGGUAUUGGAUCCUGUUCGUGAAGGGGUAAAUAAGAAUUUGAGUCUUUCGGUUGAAGGGGUUGCAAUUGAUGCAGUAGAUGGAGGCAGCUUGGGUGACAGAGUUAGUAUAAGUGGAGAAGUUGGGACUUCAGGAGAGAUGUGUAAGGAUUCGGGAUCCAAUAAGGAGCUAAAGGAUGUGCCUGAGGAAGUUAAGGUUCAGGACAAGGUUGAUCAAGUAAAUAUCAUUGAUAAAUUGCCUGGGAUUGAUCAAGGAACUAGUUAUAAUUCAAACAAUUUCGUUAAUCAGGAAGUGCUUGAGACUGUGGUUGUAAUAGAGUCUGUUCAGACUGAGUAUGUCAAUAGAGAUAAUAGGAAAUCGGAAGCAAAAGCUAAUGAAUCAGAGUUGAACUUGUUAUCCAUGAAAGCUCAAAAGGGGAUGUCUGAAACAGAUAAAAAUUCAUUUGUAAUUGAUAUGAAGAGCAGCAGCCGCAAAGGGUUUUGUGAGAAUUCUGAAGGUGAAAGGAUUUGUAGGAUUUGCCAUCUGGCUCCUGAUGCGACCACUGUUGGCUCUGCUAAUAGUGCUACGAGUGCAGAUUUGAUUCAGCUUGGUUGUGCGUGUAAAGAUGAGCUAGGCAUUGCACAUAUUCAUUGUGCUGAGGCGUGGUUCAAGCUUAAAGGAAACAGAUUAUGUGAAAUAUGUGGUGAGACUGCAAAAAACGUUUCUGGUGUUGCUAAUAAUGGAUUUAUGGAAGAGUGGAAUGAAAGAAGGUUCAGGAACAACGAUGGUAACCCAUGUGGAUGCUGGCGAGGACAGCCAUUUUGUAACUUCUUGAUGGCAUGCCUGGUAAUAGCUUUUGUUCUGCCAUGGUUUUUUCGUGUAAAUAUGUUCUAGCUGGGGAAUCAAACACUAUUAUUCUUGCCUUCAAUUCUUCAUACCUGCUAAUAUAGUGGAGUGGAUGAUUGGUUCGUGGUAUGCAUGCUGUGACGCAUCAUCGAAUUUUAGUGGGAUGUUUAUACUUAACCAUGUGUCUAAGUUGACAUUCUCAAGGUGUGUGCCCUCAAGAUGUGAAGCUUACAUAUAAACCAGCUUGACAAGUGAUCACCAAAUUGUUUCCUUGUUGCAUUCUUUGGAUUGUGUGUGUUGUUCUGAUGUAAAUACUAAUACAUCCGGUUCUUUUUUCUUUUUUUAAGAAAAAAAAUAAACAUAGAAUGUAUUUAACAUUUGGUGGCGAUAAAUCUUAUUUGUAAAGUUAAAGAAUUUGCUGCAGAACAAACUGAAAGAGCCUCUCCUUGUUCCUUUCUCUUUUCCAUUUAUUUUACUUACCUUUGUUGUUGACUUGUAUGCUACAAUCCAAAGAGAAUUGGUUGUCUUGAUGU